AUGGUUUUCUCGUCGACACCUCAGUAUUCAGAGACACAGCAACAGCCCGCAAUUGAGAUUGAUGAUACCCUGAAGUGUAUCAGUCACCUCCCACCGUGCUUCCGUUCGUUGUUUAGCUUCAGGUAUUUCAAUGCUGUUCAAAGCGAGGCUUUCGGGGAGGUGUACACGACAGACAACAAUAUCGUUGUAUCAGCUCCAACAGGUAGUGGCAAGACCGUGCUGUUCGAACUGGCUGUACUGCGGCUCCUAAGCAAGACGCUGACAUCUGGCCAUGAGUAUAUCCAUUCUCCGGGACGGUACAAGAUUAUAUAUGUCGCUCCAAUGAAGGCGUUGCACAAUGAUGGCAAGCCAGCGCUUGUGUUUUGCAGCACACGCAAGGGAUCGCAGGAUGCUGCGCAGCAUCUUGCUACAGAGUUCUCGAAAAAUGGGCCCUACAACAAUCCUCUCGUGACAAACCAGCAGCAGUGUGAUAGGCUUCAAGCAGCUUCAUUAUCGACCCAGGACAAGGUGUUGCAGUCUUGCAUCCGUCAUGGAGUUGCAUUCCACAAUGGUGGUCUGGACCAGAAGAAUCGAACACUUGUAGAAAGCCUUUUCCUGCGCGGAGACCUCCAGAUUAUAUGCACAACAGCUACCUUGGCUGUUGGUGUGAACCUGCCAGCCCAUCUUGUGGUGAUUAAGUCAACUCAAAUCUACAACAAGGAAAAGGGAGGCUAUGUGGAAUAUGAUCGAGCAUCCAUUUUGCAGAUGUCGGGUCGAGCUGGAAGGCCACAGUUUGACAAAACAGGGAAAGUUGUCAUCAUGACUCGGCAAGAAACGGUUUACCUUUAUGAAAACCUAAUGUCAGGCUCUCAGCCAGUGGAAUCGGAGCUGUUGAAGUCCAUUAUUGAACACCUGAAUGCAGAGAUUGUUCUUCUCACCAGCAUUAAUGAGCUUGUCAAGUAUGGGAUGGUCACCACAGACGAGUACAAUUAUGUUCUUCAGCCCGCAGAGCCAGGAAAGCUGAUGGCUCAGUCCUAUUUGAGUUUCGAGACCAUGAAAUCGAUCAGCCAGACUCCUCCUGGUGCUAAAAUGGAAGAUGUUCUUGGAGUUCUAUGCCGGUCGAAGGAACUCUCUUGGAUUAAACUUAGGCGGUCAGAGAAGAAGUUUUUGAAUGACAUCAAUAAUGAGUCCUCAUCCAGGAUUCGCUAUCAUGUCAUGACACCUGGGGGGAAGGUUAAGCGCCGCAUUCAGGAUGACUAUGAAAAGAUAUUCAUUCUUAUUAAUGACACCCUCUCUGGUGACCCAUCCAAUCUGGACUUUACCAUGUCACAGGAUGUGAAAGGCAUCUGUACUAAUGGUAACCGCAUAGCUACCUGCAUGGGUCGCUAUUUCAUAUUCUCAAAGAGGUACAUGGAGUCUCUGUCUGCAUUGUGCCUGGCGAAAUGCUUGCGACACCACCUGUGGGACACGUCUCAGUUUCUCCUUAAACAACUCACUGGUGUCGGCCAUGUCACAGCCAAAGCAUUGCUUGCAGCUGGAAUCGACAGCUUUGAAAAGCUUCGACAAAGUGACCCUCGCAGGCUUGAGUCCCUUACUGGGCGCAAGUAUCCCUUCGGGAACCAGAUUAAAGAGGUCCUCGAGUCUCUUCCUCCCUCUGUGGACGUCACUAUUGCUGAAGGAGAGAAGGGAAAGUAUUCAGGAAAGCUUGAAUUUCGGAUCAGCUUGAAAAGAGCGUGCUUUCCCAAGACAACAGGGAAAAAGAACUUCGUGUAUCUUCUUGUAGGGAAUGAGCAAAGCAACAGUCUUGUCUUCCACGAGAAAAUCUGCCUGGAGACAUUCGCCAGUCCAUACAACAUUACUGUCAGCACGUCAUUCACUGGGCCAGGUGCUACCCUUGUGGCCUCUGUUGUUCACGAAGACUUUGUGGGGAUCGAUAUCCAUACACGGUUUGAAAUUGGGCCGCCUGUUCAAGAUGGCAAUGUUCAUCGUACACCUGCUGCUGAGGCAGCCCGUGCUCCUGAAUUGAAGGAAAGGCUUCAAGUGCGGACCCCAGCAGUGGAGGCUGAAGGAAAGAGUGGGGAGUUGCAGCAAGCUCACAUACCGGAAGAACGUGAUGACCAGGACUUCGAACCGCCAUCAUUCUCCUUGCUUGAGGAAGAAGAGAUCAGACCUCCGAGCAGUCUUGCUUCUGUUACAGGUGGUCAUUUUGAGCAAACUUCUGACUCUGGCAACGGCAUGCUUGAAGAAUCGAAAGAAUGGAGUAACAAUAUCUGGAGCACUACUACUGAAGAGGGUGAAAAGCAACAGUUGGUAGGAGGCAACAAGCCAAAGCGCAAACCUUCAAAGUUUAGUGAGAAUGAGGAUGAGAUGUUUAAGAGUGUCAGCAGGAAGGUGCAGAAGCUGUCUGCUGCUUCCAAGGGACCACUGACAGCACCUCACUGCCCUAGCUCCUCAGGAGCCUGCACACCUGUGCCUCGUGGCUGGCCAGCCUCUCGUCCAGCUCCGUUUCCUAGGGGCUCCAUGUCUUCCUUGCUCUCUGCAAGGUCUGCUGGAAGCAGAUCUACGUUUAUCAAUGGAGGAAGCAGGGACUCGCAGACAUUAGGCCAUCAGGAGACAAGAAGAGAGUCAGCAUUCUCAUCCCAACCAGGAACUGUUGCGAGCUGGGCUUCUGAGGCUAACCAUGGAGGUGAUGGCCCCCAGUGGGGAUCCGUGCAACGGAGAAAUUUGUUUGCUGGCUUAUGUGCAAGCCAAGAAAAACAGGUGGUGUCCUCGCCGGUCAUACACGGAAACUCCAAUAACCCUGAAGGCACUUCUCCAUUGAAGGAGUCUCCAAUGGCCAACUGUAUGAACAGUUUGUUUGAAGACCUUCUUGAUCAUCCACCCACAGCAGUCCCGACUGAAGAAACCCGCAUCGCUGGAAGAACUCUUCAAGCUGAAUCGCAGCCAAUACUGUUCAAGCCUGACUUAAAGCGAUUUGUGCGGGAGUUUGUCAAGCGACCUUUGACAAGCCGCAACGAGGUGUUGAGGAAGAUCAGUCACUUUGAAAGGUCGAGUGACUGCUAUGUUAUCCCAGUUCAGAAUCAGCAUAAGGAGGAGGCACAGGAUGAUGCCUGCAAUGGUAGUCUCUUCUCCUUUCUGUAA